AUGACAACAACAACAAUAGCCAAUCAAAUACCAUCAAUUAAUACCAUGCUAAGUAAUGUCAAUAACAACAACACCCCAUCAGCAAAUAGUUCACAAUCAACUUUAAUAAAUCAAGAACAACAACAGGCACAACAACAGGCACAACAACAAGCACAACAACUGCAGCAUCAUCGGCAGCAUCAAUCAAGGAGUGGUGGAACUACAACCAACAACAACUAUUCAUCUUCAUCUGAUCCACCUCGUAAAAGAUCCAAAGUAUCUCGUGCUUGUGAUCCAUGUCGAAAGAAAAAGAUUAAAUGUAAUGCUGAAUAUUCAGAAUUGGAAAAAAAAGUGACCAAAAUAUGUACUAGUUGUGCCAAAAAUAAAGAAAUUUGUACAUUUGAUAGAACUCCUUUAAAACGAGGUCCUUCAAAAGGUUAUAUUCGAGAUUUAGAAGAAAAAGCUGGUGAUAGAAUAUCCUCGUUAUCUUCUAAAUCAAAUCAAGCAUCAACCAAAGCUAAUAUACCAUUUCCACCUUCUCACCAAUAUCCACCACCACCACAACAACAACAAAAACAACAAUCACCUUCAAUUGCAAUUAUACCGCCAAACCCUUAUCCUCCUUCAAAUAUUCAACAAUUACCUUUCCCACAAAAUUCAACUACUCAUCGAGUAACAGGGUCAAUAUCAAAUACCCCUAAUAAUAAUAAUAAUAACAAUAACAUUAACAACGGAAACUCGCCUACAAUUAAGUUACCACCAAUAGUGAAUUACCCUUCGAAAAGUUUACCUUCACCCCUGUUAUCAAAAUUUAAUUCAUCAAUAUCAUCAUCACAAACAUCUAAUCCAUCGAGUCCUAAAUCUCAAUUGUCUAAUAUACCCGGGUUAUUAAACAAUGAUAGCAAUACCAAUAAUAAUGUUGGCGGUGGCGGUGGCGGUGGUGGUUCAGAACAAACUAAUAGUCCACCAAUUCAAGGUCCAUUUUGGAAAGUACCUUAUGAAAUGCCUCAAUCUUCAUUAUCAAGACGUUCAUCUAUUGGUAGUAUAACCAGUACUAAUGGUGGUCAACCAAAUAUUUUGAGACGACCAUCAGUUGAAUCUAUAUCAUCAGUUUCAACUAAUGGAUCAAGAUUACCUUCCAUUAGACCAUCAAUAUCAAAUGAUUAUACCAGUGAUGCUGAAUCAGAAGAUUUUUAUUCCGUACAAUCAUUUCGACCUCGAAGUUUAUCAAGAAAUUCACAAUCUUUAUCACCAAGAAAUUCAAUUAGUUCAAUGUCUAGUUUGAAUGGUAGAAUCAAUAGAUCGUUAGCUUUCAAUUCUUCAAGUGUUACAUCACCAAUAAUGAUAGGAUCACCAUCACAACAAGCACAGGUGCAGCAGCAACAACUGCAACUGCAACUACAACUACAACAACCACCACCACCUCCACCAUCUUCAAAUAUGACAAAUUUUAUGCCUCCACAAGUUCCAAUUUUUGCUCCGUUUGCAACAACAAAUCAUAUUCCAUUAAAUCCAUUAGAUUUAAAUUUAAAAUUAUAUUAUGAAAGAUUUCAUACGAUUUUCCCUAUUUUACCAUAUGAUUCAAGAAUAAUUUAUAAUAUUUUAAAUGAUAAAUCUCAACCACCUUGGGAUUGGUUAAUUGAAGUAUUUAAUCAUAGUCUUAAUAAUUUAAUUAAUUUUCAACAAGUUGAAUUACAAUCAUCAAUUGGAAUAUUUAUAAGAUUAAUUCAAUCAUAUCCAUUUCCCAAUGAAACUACCACCACUACAAUUACUGAUAAUUCAUUGAUUUUAUUUUUUAGUAGUUUGAUAAUAUUAAGUUAUACAAAUUUAAUUAAUGGUGAUCAAUAUAACGCGGGGAUUAGUUUCACAUCAUCAGUAUUUAAUGAUUAUAAAAUUUGUGAAAGAUUUAUUGAUCAAAUAACUAAUAAUAAAAAAGAUAAUGAUAUUAAUGUUGAUGUUAAUGUUGAUGUUGAUAAUAUUGUAAAUUAUUUCACAAAAUUAUAUUAUUGUUUGAAUUUAAUUGAUAAUUUGAAUAGUUUAACUUUGGGAACUAAUAAAAAUUUACAUCUGCAAAGAAUUAUUAAAUUUUUAAAUCAUCAUAAAAAGAAAUUUCUUCAAAUUAAUAACAAUAACAAUAACAAUAAUAAUAAUAAUAAUUCAAUUCUUAAUGAUUGUGAAAUUUUUGAUCAAUUAGUUGAAAUGAGAGAUAAAUUUAUAACUAUAGAUAAUACCAAUUACCAAGGCGAUGAUGAUGUGAAUGAAAUUAUUAAUAUUGAUUUAAUAAAUUUCAAUGAAUCAAAAUCUUCAAUUCAUAAUAAUACUAAUAGUAAUAAUAAUAAUAAUGAUGAUCAAUUUUUGAAAUAUUUCCAUCAAUUAAUUAUCGAUAAAUAUAAAAUAUUCAAAAUCAUCCUCCAAUUUACUAAAACCAAUACAAGUACAUCAUCAUCAACAACAACAACGAUUAAUGGGACGACCAUAUCUAACAUAUCUAACAAUGGUAAUAAUAAUUCAAUUGAAAUUAAUUCAUUUAAUCAAGAAUUAUUUAAUUUAAUUAAAUCAUCAAAUGAUAAUAUAUUAAAUUUUGCCAAUUAUAUAAGCACCACCAACAACAACAAUAACAAUACUUCCCCUAAAACUUCCAAUUCAAAUUCAAAUUCAAAUUUUUCAUAUUUAAUAAUCAAUAAUAAUCCAAUUUUAAAUUUAUCAAUUUGUCAAUUAUUUAAAUCUAUAAAAUUACAUAAAUUAAUCAUUGAUAAAUUACCCCCUCCAACAACAACAACAAAAACAACAAUAUCCAAUGAUCUUGAUAUUGAUAUUGAUAGAUUGAAUAAUCAAUUAUCUAUAUCAUUUAAUUUAUUGAAUUUAAAUUUACAAAAUUUAAAAAUUGGUAAUAUGAUUAAUCAAAUUUUACAAAAUAAAUUUAAUCAAUUAUAUAAAUUUCAAUUCAAUAAAAGCACCGACAACAAUGAUAUUGUUGAUGUUGAUGUUGAUGUUGAUGAUAUAGAUAUGGAUAUGGAUAUUUAUAAAUUGAAUCAAUGGUAUGAUGAAUUGAAUCAUGUUAUUGUACCUUUUAUAAUUCAAGAUUUUAAAGACGGUUGGAUAUGA